AUGGCAGAGUCCACCGCUCCUUCGGCCAAGCGUGAGCGUUCGCCGUCCGGCACGCACGAGCUUUCCAACAGCGCUGCGCCCGCGUCCAGCAGCACCGUCGCGAGUGCAAAGUCGACGCAGCCCGACGCCAAGCGCCUCAAGAACGAGCCUGCCGCCACGCCUGCCCCUUCCUCUGGCGCAGCAAGCAUGUCGGCCGCCUCUGCGGCGGACGAGAAGCCGGCGGCGGACGCUGGUGCCUCUGCGGCGGCGGCGCCGCGCGAGGAGGAUGCGGUGGACAUUGGCUCGCACGAUGAUGCGGCCGCGCCGAGCACCAGCAAUGGCGCUGAUGCCGCUGCGCCCGUGAAGCAGGAGGGCGCAGCUGAGGGCGACGAUGCGGCAGGCCAGCCGCAGCAGCAGCAGCAGCAGCAGCCUGGCGAGUCGGGCGCAGAUGGCCUGGAGCCGCAGCACAUUGCAAUGCGCUCCCUCAUCAUCACUGGCGAUGCCAGUAUCAUCAUCGGCAAGCAGGGGCGCCACAUCAACGAGAUCCGCGACAAGAGCGGAGCGCGGCUGACGAUCAGCGAGAGCAUUCCGGGAAACCCGGAGCGCAUUAUGACUGUUGCAGGCCAGCUCGACGCCGUCAGCAAGUGCGCUCGAGCGAGCUUCGAGGCUUCGAGCGCCACAGCUUCAGCGCGCGCGGCAGAUCAGACGCUGACGCGCGGGAUCGUGCUGCUUCAGGCGUUCGGCCUCAUUGUGCGCCGCAUCAACGACGAGCCGUUUGACCAGCCGUCGGUGCCGGGCAGCCGGGCCGUGACGAUCCGCUUCAUCGUGCCCAACUCGCGCAUGGGCAGUGUGAUUGGCAAGCAGGGCACCAAGAUCAAGGAGAUCCAGGAGGCCAGCGGUGCGCGCCUCACGGCUGGAGAGGCGAUGCUGCCUGGCAGCACUGAGCGCGUGCUGAGCAUCUCGGGCGUGGCCGAUGCCGUGCACAUUGCCGUUUACUACGUGGGCACCAUCCUGCUCGAGCACCCCGACCGCAACGCCAACAACAUGACGUACCGCCCCACGGGCGGUGCCUCUUCGGCCGUGGCCAGUGUGCCGCCGCGCGGCAAUGCGCCAUAUGGCGGCGCGCCCGGCGCCGGCUCGCCGAAUGCCGGUGCCCAGGGCGGUUAUGCGUAUGGCGCCCAGGCGGCACCUAUGGCUGGGCCAGGCGCUGGAGGCCCCGGCAUGCCGCAGUACGGCGCCAACCAGGCGCUGCCGCCGGGCAGCCAGACGCAGCAGAUCUUCAUACCCAAUGAUCUCGUCGGCUGCAUCAUUGGCAAGGGCGGCCAGAAGAUCAACGAGAUCCGCCAGAUGAGCGCCUCGCACAUCAAGAUCAUGGAGCCGGGCGCGGGCAUCGCCGCCGGCGGCAGCGGCACCGAGCGUCUCGUCACCAUCACGGGCCCGCCAGCAAACAUCCAGCUCGCCGUCAGCCUGCUGUACCAGCGUCUCGAGCAGGAGAAGAUGCGGCUGUCGCAGGGCGGCGUGUCGCAGUAA